AAAAUGGGUUAAUCAUGAAAGAGUUAGAUUAGAAAAAUACAAUUGUUUCCAAAAAUCAAAAUCCCAGUCACCAAUGCAUAAACAAAACGAUUCCAAAACCUCCAAAGAAGAAAGAACAAUUUUCUAGGGUUUUGUUCAGAAAUCCAAAACCCACCAAGCCAUGAAACUCGCCGGCCUGAAAUCCAUCGAAAACGCUCAUGACGAAUCGGUGUGGGCCGCCGCAUGGGUUCCGGCCACCGAAUCCCGACCGGCGCUCCUCCUCACUGGCUCUCUCGACGAGACCGUGAAGCUCUGGAUGCCUGACGAGCUCGUCCUGCAGCAAAACAACACUGGCCACUGCCUCGGCGUUGUCGCCGUUGCUGCUCACCCAUCUGGCAUCAUCGCCGCCUCCGCUUCGUUGGACAGCUUCGUUCGCGUUUUUGAUGUCGAUACCAAUGCUACAAUUGCCACUCUGGAAGCUCCUCCCUCUGAAGUGUGGCAAAUGCAGUUUGAUCCUAAGGGUUCUAUUCUAGCAGUUGCAGGUGGGAGUAGUGCAUCAAUCAAACUCUGGGACACUGCCACAUGGAAACUGAUUGACACCCUGGCCAUACCUCGUCCAGAAAGCUCUAAGCCAACCGAUAGAGGUGGCAACAAGAAAUUUGUCCUUUCAGUUGCAUGGAGUCCUGAUGGGAGACGACUGGCUUGUGGCUCAAUGGACGGCACCAUUUCUAUAUUUGAUGUAAACCGUGCCAAAUUCCUUCAUCACCUGGAAGGUCACUACAUGCCCGUGCGAUCUCUCGUGUAUUCCCCUGUUGAUCCUAGGGUACUCUUUUCGGCCUCAGAUGAUGGCCAUGUGCACAUGUAUGAUGCUGAGGGAAAGAGCCUGAUUGGAGCCAUGUCAGGUCAUGCAAGCUGGGUGUUGAGUGUGGAUGUGAGUCCAGAUGGGGCAGCAAUUGCCACAGGUUCAAGUGACAAGACUGUAAGACUCUGGGACCUUAACAUGAGGGCCGCUGUGCAGACAAUGAGCAACCAUGCUGACCAGGUGUGGGGCGUGGCAUUCCGUCCACCAGGGGGAGCUGGUGUUCGGGCUGGUCGACUUGCAAGUGUAUCAGAUGACAAGAGUAUAUCACUGUACGAUUACUCCUAAAGAUGGUGGACUGUUGGGUCAGAGAACAUUGAUGACUGGUCUUCAUUUCAGGUUUUCCCCCCUCUUUCUUUUUAAAGCUUCCAGAAUUUAUCGGGAAAAGCUAGUGUAGGAUGCCUUAACCUAUUUUAUCUCAAGAAAAUGCUUGGUUCUUGUAUCUAAAUCUUUGUUAUACUCAUCCUCGUGGCAGGAUUUUUUAAUCAAAUACUUGACCGGUCCUUCAACA